CACCCGCAUUCUGACUCGAGUUUUAUAAAGAUAUUGGGGCAACCAUGAACAGCAUGAUCAAUUUUGUUGUAGUGUCCAAUGGUAUCUAAAGGUCUGAGCGGGUAUACGACACAGGUUAAAUUGGUCAACCAUGGGCAAAGCCAGAACUUGGCUUUUGAUCAAGAAUUUGGGUGAAUCCUGGAUGAUUUGUUUUGAGUCGUGGAAGGUGAAAUUGUGAAAGUCGUUAUCGUUGGGAUUGAUUGGAUUGAUCAUUGAGAGCUUGUUUUGGCAUUCGUCCAAGGUGUUCCGAGUUCCUACUCCCACUGACUUUUGGUGAAUUUGGGUCUUCAAUCAGCAGACUGGCAUGGCUUCCCGGGGUGGUCCUCGAGCCGCAGGCACGGAUGGCAACGAUUAUUCGCAUCGAGAGAUUAUCAAGGAGCAAUACUACGUCAGCGAUAGGGGCAUGGCCCAUGGGCGGGACAAUUUUCAAUCGCGCCAACCGUCGGAGCGUAUGGCUCAACCGAUGGCUCAACCGCAUUUGAGGCGAAAAAUGGGCCACAUUCGGAACGACGACCCAGGGGUCAACGAAUCCGAUGAAGAAGACCCGCUCAAUCCCGGUUGGACCAAUUAUGAGGACCGGGAUGAGUUCUUCAACGAAUUGAAGGAUAUUGCCGAGCAAGUGGAUCACGGGCCUCAUCGGGCCCAAGACAUCCAAGAUCUGCCAUUGGUGGGCGAUUAUCACGGUCUGGGUGGACCUCAUUCCAUUCCGUUGGCUUCUGAGGGCGCCUUUGAACCACCACUGACUCAACCGCAUAAGAAUUGCUUGCUGGACGAGCUCUUCUUGGCGCCUAGUCCAGAGCAAUUGAAAGCCUUUCAACGCAUAGAAAGCAAGAAAGAGAUCGCAAAGAAUAAGAACCGCUUUAAGUGGAGUGUGUAUUGUCACAUGAUUCUUUGGACGUUCAUGGCCGUGAAGCUGUGCCCGGCCAUCUUGGACUAUCUCGAUGUUUUCGUUUUGGAGCUAGAGGAGCUCUUCAUCCCCAAACCGGUGCUUUGGGAGUGGUUUUGGUUCGCUGGCAUCGUGAGCACCUUCUUUGGAUUGAGUGCCUUGAAGAAAUCCCUCUACAAAUCCAUGACCAAAUCUUUCUAUGGACUCCUGCUUCUGAAUUUGGUGCCAGUUCUAUUCGCGUUGGUUUUCUAUGCGUCGGAUUUCUUCGCCUUUGUCAAAACGAAGAGUACACGUGGCCAAGAUACUUGGAGGGGAAUUCCAGUGGCAAUCUUGUGGUACGCCUUCUUAUUCUUAUCCCUCCAGGUUCACUUGUUGGAGCUUUAUUUUGCUCGAGUAUUGAUCCAGGCCUGGCAACCCAAGCGAAAAUCUAACUAGGCCUUAAUUUACCCACCCUUUCAUGCCUAUAUUUCGAAUGUGCUCUACCACAGAGUAAAGAUCAAAUUUUGAACCGAA